GUCAAGUCUUUCUCAAUACGCAACUUCAGCUAUGCGUCUUCCAUAUCAACAGCAACGUGGUCUGAUAUAUCAAGAAGUGGUGGAAGAAAGCCAACGGCUCACUGGGCUCUGAUAUGGACGAUGAUCAAGACAAUGCAGACGCAGCUGAUGUCCAGGAGCUGGAGCGUGGGAAUACCAAGGUCAAAGACAUGAAGAAUGCAAAGCUUGGUCCUCUUCCCAAACGAGUAUUAAAUACUCGUGCCGGUAUGUACCUCCUCCGGAGAUAUAUGGUAUACACCAGAUCGGAAGACGACUUCAAUCAAGCUUGGAGGCAAAUUCAACAGACCUUUCCACACCAGGAGCGAAUUCUUAGAUAUCUCAAGGAUACAUACUUGCCCUUGAAGAGAGAAUGGGCUUGCUACUAUACUCGCUAUUAUCGAAAUUUCGGAUUGAUUACUGCAGCACCCGCCGAAUCAAACCAUCAUUCUCUGAAGACCUACCACCUAUCCCUUCGGUCUGACCUCCCUGAUGUUGAAGCAGCAACGGCUAGUCAGACAGACGAUAAACGUCAGCUGUAUAAAGACAAAAUACAGCGGGCAAAUACCACUAUUCGGAACCAGUUCUCGGGAAGAGAAUGGCUUGGCCAGUUGCCCUUAACUGUCACUCGUUGGGCAUUAGACCAGCUGGACGAGAUCCACAGGCUUAUGGAAUCAAGCGAGGUCUCCAAGAAGAUGUUGCCACCUUGUACAGGCUCUACGAAAACUCAGUAUGGCUUGCCUUGUGCUCACAGGCUCUUGGAGUUGGCUCUUCAAGACGAACCACUAAAGAAGGAAGGCUUGGAUACAUUUUGGCAUAUCAAACGAUCACGAGAUAUUGACGAUCCUCUUCUUCAAAUAAAACGUCCUCCAAUGGGGAUACCUAAGGGUCGACCACGAAAUAGUGAACCAUUUGGCAACGAACGUGCAAUCCCAGAACAAGAAUUUGCCCCUCAAGGCUCAACACGAAGUGGCGUGCAGAGGUCGGCGCGUCGAAAUUACUCCCAGUUCGAACUAGGACCAACUCUUGACGAGGAAGAUGCAGCUGACUUACAUGACCAACAACUUCGGCGAAAACGGCGUAAAGUUGCUGUUUCAGUAACAACUCAAGCUGCUCGUCAACAGGCAAAGAGAGAGGAAGAUACGAACAAGCCAAUUGAGCGGCAUAUUGCUCUUGAAGUGGAAGAAAACCCGGACAUAACAGAGUCGUCGCCUGCAAAGGAAACGGGAAAAGAAAAGGUUGGGGAUAGCAUUACUGUUGCAACGGAUUAGGAAGUUACCCGGGGUGGAAUUUAAUAAAUUAAGGUAGUUCAAUACUGCCUUAGCACCAAAGGUAGCUGCAGUUAAGUUAGGACUAGUCUUGUCUUGUUUUCCAUGGUUGUGGGCCGUAUUGUUGGAAAUGGCGGAGACAAAGCUCACGGGGCGAUGUCGGAGGCAUUGUGGCUGAAUGUGGUGGGGUGCGUACGAAUUGAGAGUUGGGUGCGUAUCAAUAGAGUCUGUCUU